ACGAGCAGCUUGAAAGAGAAUGGCGGCGUUCUCAGUGGACGACAUCUCGUCGUCGAUUCAGCUGCUGUCCCCAAGCAGUAAGGCGCUCGGUGAUCAGGAAGGUGCCGCGGGGUCGGAGGAACUGCCCAUGGUGUUCCUGUGCGCCGGGUGCAAGCGCCCCGUGGGAGACACGCUCAGCUGGGAGGCCAAUGACGAGGACACCAACUGCAUCCUGCUGAAGAGUGUUACUCUUAAUGUCUCAGUGGACAAGGAGCAAAAACUUUCAAGCCAAGCAGGCGAAUAUGGCUGCAUGCUUGAAAACUUGUUUUGCUCUGGGUGCAACAUGACCCUUGGAAGCAUUUACAGGUGCACCCCAAGACAUCUUGACUAUAAACGAGAUUUAUUUUGCUUAAAUGUUGACUCCCUAGAAAGUUAUACCCUAGGGUCCUCAGAACAAAAAGCUGAAACUGAUGAGGAACCUCUCACCCUUGAAAGUCGCGCUAGUUUAGAAGAAUCACUAGGAAGGGCAGAAACAAUAUUGAAAGCAUUGGAACAACGGUUAUCUGUUGUUGAAACAAGUUUUGCAUCUCUUCACAACAUUGGUUGAAAAAGUAACAUCUGUUGCUAAUGUUAGUAUUGAUAUAUAAGCUCAGUAUUAUUUACGCUUGGAAGUUUUUUGAAUCACAUCAAGAGUUGUCCUUUUAAAAACUUAGAACGUUGCUCAGUUUCCUGAAGGUUGAAAAUACAGACUUUUGAGGAAAAAACACACUUCUGUGGAGUUGAAGAGAUUAAUCAAAUUCCAUUCACAAAAAACUUUUUAGAUUUUUUUUAUUAUCAAAUUUUCUAAACGACUAAAAUGGAAGCAAUCUUGUUAGUAUUCUCUCCUAUCUUUUGUCGAAUAUGCUUUAUACAGUUUCUGAUGUUGCAUUGGCAACUUAGGGAGAAGUCUGGGUAACCUAUUUCUUCUGUGUAAGAUGGUAUUGGAGGUUGGGGGAUUGGAUGCAUAAUCAAUCCAUAGCAUAAUACUUAAACCACCCACGUAUACUAGCACUAUUUAGUCUUCUGUCAGUUAGAAAAACUGAGAUAAUGUGCAAAAUAUUGGCUGAACCGACAUCUGUGUUUAUAUCUUCCAGAAAAUUUAGCCUGGGGCCUGUUGAGAAAUUUUGAACUAAAAAAAAGAGUAAUACCUUGACCAUAUUAAGUAACUUUGAAAGUAAAGUAACCCAAAAAUACUAUAGAAUUUGAGUGCAGUUUGGUAAUUACAUUGUGUACAAGUCUUUAGAAAGGAUUGUUUUCUAGAAUCUCAGAGUGUAGUUUUGAAAUCAAGAUACUGAAUAAAUGUAAAUACUCAGUGAUGUAAAUGUUUCAAUAAAAAUAAAUUUGUAAUUGAA